AUGUCGAUUCUUAUUAUUAUUUGUAUGCUGAUUUUCAAUGUAAAUCGGAGAAUUGACGCACAAGUUUUUGGCAAUGUUUAUGCAAGACAAGACGACAUUGCCGUAGUAACAUGUAACGUGAAUUACCCAAGUAGCGAACGUCUAGAAUGGUUUGAGCUCGAGCAGUCCGCAAACCCAAACCCACCACCGGUGUAUACAAGUGUUAAUAACCCUGGUCAUACAACAAAGAACCCAGAUAAAUAUGAGAUGGUGCUCGGACCCAGAUAUGACCUUGCCAUCAACGUUAAUCGUCCAGAAAACCAACAUUAUUGUGUUGUGAAAGAUGCCAGUGGGAAUGAGGUGUCUCGACCAAACACAUGGAAUAUUUGGGUCGCAGAUGGACCCAACUGUCAGGAUCAGAUUGUCCAAGUGUCCGUAAAUAACGUAGCCAGAUUAGUCUGCAGACAAGGUUCCCAUGGUUCUUCAUUUCCCAUGGAAUGGUACACGGCUGCUGGGAAUGUACUGGAGAGUACUAAGGAAUACCAUUAUGAAACUAAACAUCAGUAUUUGACUUUAACACACGAGUUUGUUGCUAACAUUGGUCAUCACAACAUGGUGUUUGGCUGUACCUUACAUUCAAAGGAAACUGGACCAAAUGAUCUAGCAACAUUUACCUAUGCCACUUGCUCUACCAGAAUUGAAAUUAUUUAGUACCCAAAACUCCGUAUUGAAGUCAAUA